ACAAAAGAAAAGACCCCAAAAAAACAAAAAAAAAAAGAAAUGAGCGAAGAUCAGGUAGAGAAACCUACAACUAAUGACGUAAAAGAAGAGGCCAAGAAGAUUCCGGCGACGCAGGGAGGCGUUGACGCGGCUGAUGACAAAGAUAAAGGUGUUGUCACCGAGGCCUCUGGUGGACAGGCGGAGGGAGAAGUAAACCAGAAAAAUGUGGUGGCAAAUCCUCCGGCGUCGGAAGGAACUAUUACGAUCGGAGAGGCUCUAGAGGCAGCGGUUCUCACGGCAGGGAAUAAGCCGGUGGAGUGGAGUGACGCAGCUGCCAUACAAGCGGCUGAGGUUAGAGCCACGGGACGGACCAACAUCAUGCCGGGCGGUGUUGCCGCUUCUGCUCAGUCAGCUGCCACUCUUAACGCUCGAGCUAACUCCGAUGAUGAAAAGACUACGCUUGCCGAUGUUCUCACUGGAGCGAGAGGUAAAUUACCGUCAGACAAACCAGCAACGAGGAAAGAUGCGGAGGGAGUGACAGGAGCAGAGAUGAGGAACGAUCCACAUCUCACUACUUACCCAACCGGAGUGGCUGCCUCUGUCGCUGCGGCUGCUCGGAUUAAUCAAUCCAAGUGAUACCAUUAUUCUUUCUCGGGACCUAUGUCAUAGUACUGAGAAGCCAACUAUAUAAACUAACUUAUAUAUGUGUAUAUAUAUUGAUGUACAUAAGAUUUUCAAGCUUUUUUU